AUGAGUUUCACAUAUAAUCCACAUAUAAACACUAGUAUACCUAAAUCACCAACUGUUGCUUUAUCUGAUGAGUUUUCUUCUAUUCUUGCUUCUACUAAUAACUUUGACUUCACAAGUUAUACUUGUUCCUUUAUUACAACCUAUGAUAAUGGUCUAUCAAGUGAUUGGGAUAAUUUCCUUGGUUUCACUAGGGAAACUAAAUGUUCUCCUAAUUCAAUUGAUGUAAUUGCCCAUUUAAAGCUUUUAAGAGCUAUAGCAGCUAUGAAAAAGAAAGUACUAUUAUCUUGUCCCAACAUUGAUUCAGCUAAAUUUUGGAAAGCUUUUGUUAGUAAUGCCGUUAGACGAUUUUUAGUUUUUGUUACUGCUAUGAAAAAGACUAUUCCAGUUCAAGGAACUAAUGGAACAAAUGAACUGAUGCUUUAUUCUGCUAGUACAGAUAAGAACCAAGAAUUUAUUUCCAUGAUGGAUGAAUUAUUACCUCCAUUGGAUGUUAUUAUGGUUUGGCAUUCUUUUUUAUCAGCAAACACUAAAGAUGCUUAUGAUUCUUUGGUAAGAACUAGGAUGUUACAGUUUGCUAAUUACCCAUUGCCAUUACAUAACAUUGUUCAGUUUAUUGAUGAUAGAACAUUUGAUUACAAAGUUUCCAAAGAAUUUAAGAAAAAUUACUUGGAUUUGAUUAAAAAAUUCACCAAUCAACCAUUUGCUUUAAUUUAUGAAAUUAGUGAAAUUAAAGUUUACCCAAUGAAUGUUGACAUCUAUUGUCCAAAUUGUAAUGAUAAACUUGCUGAAUCAGUACCAUUUUCUAAUGGUGAAAGUACUGGAUUUGUUGAUGCAAAUUUCCAUACAAGCAAUAUGAAUUUUUUUGCCAAAAUUUCUGAAUGUCAUUGUACUUGUUUUGAAAUAAUUACCCAUGAUGAAUUGAGAAAAUUACAAUUAUUUUCUGAUGUCAAAAGAACUGGUCUUUUACAUGGUUUGUUUAGACAUUUUUCCCAAGUUGUUAAUCCACCAGAUCAAAGAAACAGAAACCCAACUACUUUGAGUAUUGAGCUUGCAUUAAAAUUGGAGUCUAGUUGGGAAAGUUUCCAUUUUGAAAACUUGAGAGGUAUGAUUAAAUCAUUGGUUAGUCAAUUGGGUAACCCUGAAUCCAGUAAAUUGCUAAUGGGAUAUCUUCAAUUUAACCCAAUUGGUAUGACUAUUUCCGGUGAAGUUGAAUUGGGAUUUGAUUUGGUGCAAAGUGUUUUGAAACAAGAAAGAUUUAUCACCAGAAUGAACAAUAUGAAUUGGUUGCAAUCGCCACAUAUUAAUCAAUUUUUAACUGAAUCUUGUUCAAGAUAUUCCAAGUUUUUCACCUUGUUAACAGAGCCAACUUUGAAAGACCAGACUUUGAUUCCUACCUUGGAUAUUGAAUUGAUUUGGCAAACUCAUAAAUUGGCAUUACAGGGCUAUAUUUCCGAUAACUUGAAUUCCCUUUGCCAUUGCUUAAUUGAAGAAGGUAAACAUGAAGGAAAAUUGGAUAAUAGUUUUAAAGAUACAAUUGAUUUGUACCAACAAAGAUUCGGUGAAUCUUAUAACAUUUGCUAUUGUCAACAUUGUAUUUCUUUAAAUUUUCAGGUUCCAGAAAUCGUGGUUUCUGACUCACCGGUUGAAGUGAAAUCAUUAUUUGGAAACCAUCCAGCUUCUUAUUUCUCCACUACUCCAGCUUCAUCUUCAUCCGGAGUUUCAUCCCCAAAAAGGAGAAAAUUACAUGGUUCUAGUUCAGGUCUUUUUUUAGACACGCUGAUGAAUAAUGCUUUUUCAUCAAUUGCGCCAAUGACUCCAAUUGAUGAAGCUUUAGAAGAUUUCAUGAGUUGUUAUUCCGGGGUCAAUUUAGAUAAUUGUUCCUCGUGCAUUACUAGUAAUUUUGGAUCACCAACCAUUCCAAUACGUUCAAUUCCUAGUUUUUUAAAUAUUAGUCGUACUGUUUCUAGUUCAGAUAUGACAAUUGUUGAUUCAUUGUUUAGUUUGACUAGACUUUCAUCUUCGUCCAGUAAUGACAUUCAAUUUUAA